AUGGUCAUUAAGUCUCAGAAUAAAGACACCGGUGCUGACCUGCUGGCAGGAGGAGCUGCCAUUGAGACUGUUAACACAAUCAACAACCCUUGGCACUACGUUCCUAUUGCUGAGUUGAAGGAGAAGAUUGAUCGUCGUUCUGGGAAAAAGCUGGAAGAUGGCCCCAAAUUCUUGAAAUCUGGUGAUGCUGCCAUCGUUGAUAUGGUUCCUGGCAAACCCAUGUGUGUUGAGAGCUUCUCUGACUAUCCUCCUCUGGGCCGCUUUGCUGUUUGUGACAUGAGACAGACGGUUGCUGUGGGUGUCAUCAAAGCAGUGGACAAGAAGGCAGCUGGAGCUGGCAAGGUCACCAAGUCUGCCCAGAAAGCUCAGAAGGCUAAAUGAAUAUUAUCCCCAAUACCUGCCACCCCAGUCUUAAUCAGUGGUGGAAGAACAGUCUCA